AUCCUGACCAGCAAAGAAGCAACUGGUGAUCAGAAUGAUGCCCGGAGGCUUGACAGAGGCCAGACCUGCCACAGCAGAAGUCCAGGAGAUUGCUGACCAGGUCAAAGCACAGCUCGAAGAGGAAACCAAUGAGAAAUAUGAAACAUUCAAAGCCGUUGAGUAUAAAACUCAAGUUGUCGCUGGAAUCAAUUACUUCAUUAAGGUGGAUGUAGGGGGUGGUUGUUUCACCCACAUAAAAGUCUUCAAGGAUCUUCCUGGAAAGAAUAAAUUGGAACUUACUGGUUACCAGACUAACAAAACCGAGGAUGAUGAGCUGACCUACUUCUAAGCAGCAAAUUCUAAAGUGACCUGAUUCCUCUCAUUGUAAACAGAUGCAGCCAUCAAUAAAGAAAUAUUCUUCAAAUAACUGUUUACUUCCCUUUUUUCUCAGUAUUGUGUCAACCUUUACUUUCUAAACAAUUAUUUUUAAUAAAAGUGGAUUGUUUCUUGAAUUUGUACCCUCCUUGGGCAAGGGCCAUGGUAAUCUCUGUAUCAUUCCAAUUUUUAAUAUACAUGCUGCCAAAGAGGGCAUAGUGUUCAUGGUUCAGAGUAGAAACUCCACAAUAAAUUAUUCCAUCUAGAAACCUUAUAAAGACUACGGCUCAGUUGCAACUGGAUAAAGGAUCUUUUCACCCCUUCCUCACUGCAGGUGCACUGGUGGCUGUCAGGGAAGCUCAUUCCUUGGUCCCUUCGGUUGCCCAGAACCCAAAUGCCUUCAUAUUUGAAAAUUAAAUUUGUAUUUUACAAGUCAUGUUUUAAAACAAUCAUAAAGUAUAAAGAAGCUGCCCUCUCCCUUUCCCCCAUGUUUCCCUUGCACUUGAGAGUCAGUUGCAGUGAUUUUCCAUCACCAACAAAAGCUUUCUGGUACUCAGUAGUGCAAAUAGUAGUGUGAGCUUCCCACAAGACCCUUCUCCUGCACAGCCAAAAACCAACAAUCGAGACCAGGAAAUGCACAUUGAUGACGCACUGACAUCUAGUCUCCAGGUGCCACUCAAGCCUCUCAAGUUGUUAUAACAAUGUAAUUUUUAAUAAAAUGUAGUAAAAAAUAGUUUUAAAAUCACAGCAUGGUCUUUCUUCCCACGAGUUAGGUUUUGAGAUGAAACACACAUCCUAUGUAUUUUAAUAUGCUUUAGGCAGCAUUAUAGCUGGCAACUAUCUACCCUCCAUAACCCAAGUUAUUACUUAGUUUCAUCAGUACUGCCCAUAAGACAGCCCUAUGGGCCAUGUUCUCUUGGCCUCUAGCCCAUGACAUCUCUCUCUCCUCCUGUUCCUUCCUCGUGGUCUCUAGCCUGGGGAAACCUAAACCC